AUGGCGAAGAACAAGACCGAUAGACACAAGCAAAUUACACAAACACAAUCGAGCCAGCUCUGUGUGUUUCUUUUGGUGCUCCAAGGCCUGUUGUGCUGUGGCUUGUCAUUAUCUCCCACCGGUAGAAACCAGUUCAAGGCUCACAGCGACAAUGACAAUGACAACGACUUGGAGAGCCACUUAACAAAAAAGGGAGUUGCCAAACAAACAAGUGACAGUCCUCAGAGUGGUUUUCUGCGACUAGAGCCAAUAGCUCGAAAAGCACAAACCUACCCCAUGGAUGAUGGCAAGACAGCCCACGGCCAAAAAUAUCCCACCCAGCCACGCAAAUUAUUAGCAGGCAGCACUGGGCUAAGAGGUUUCUACAAGCAGAGAAAUCUGGUGGGGUAUUUCUUUGGACCAAAACCAACCGAUCCCCCUACUGCUGCACCUUCUACCUCGGAACCAACGGCAAGCCCCAUUCUCGUACAGUCAUUGGCGGAGCCUUCUCCACCGUCACCGGCGAUUAUCUCAACUACUACAAGUGCCACUUCUUCACAUUCCUCAAAGUCAUCUUCUGCACAUGUACAUGCACCGACAUCGUCAUCUUCGCAUUCAUCGCAUCCUCACUCAACUCUGCGACCUGCACCCAACAACCUAGGUUUCAAUGUGCACCAGGAACCUGCCAAAGGAUCCCCAAAUAUUUCGAAAUCCAACUCCAAAAAUAGUCAUGUCGUUCAGCAUCAGCAUCAACAACCUCCACAAACGCAAGAUCCAUGGAACGAUGCCGAACUGGCUACGGAGGAACCUUCUGAUGGAGAUUGGGACGAUGAUGCCAUGACCCAAAACAUGCAAGGACAGUCAUCAUUCAAUUCACCUGAAACUGGAGUACCCACGGCAGAAAACUUUGAUCCCGAGGAAGAAGAUUGGUCAUUGCCAAAAACUAACGAAUACAUGUUUGCGACGUCACCAUCCACCCAAAACUACCCAGCCGCUGCACCUGCUCAAUUCCAUGUCCCCACAAUUGCACAGAAAUAUGCACCUGUUGCACAAGGAGAGCCCACUGUGGAACAAUACACACAAGAAAACUUUUCGGGAAUGUCCGAAUUCACGCACCCAUCAGCAAGUGUCCCAGCGGUUGUAAAGGGGCCAACAGCCGACUACGGGUUUUCCCCUGGAUCAGAAGAGGAGGAGGAGGAAGCAGAAGAAGAAUAUAGCUAUGAACAACCUGCCCGUGAACCUUCCGGUGAACACACAGGACAAACAAUGCCAGCAUCGAUGCCAACAGAGCAAACCGUUGCCGCUCCCUCAGCAGCUGUAUAUCCGACCGUCGAAUCACUUCCAUUUGAAGAGGAAGAAUCAUUCACAGAAACACCCGAAGAUGAGAAAACGCAUGAAACAACAGUCCCUGAACCAGAAUAUAACGACGAGUCGGAACUACACACGACAAAAGAGCUGCCCGAGCCGCAGGAUUCAACCCAAGAAUUACCCCCGAUCGAAGAGGAGCAGUCAUUGCCGGCAGAGACCGUUGUCCCUCAACAACAAAAUUCCGUGGAAUCUACGAAUGCUCCAGUUGCGGCAAACAUACCUGAACCUACUGAACCUUCAGUCGCCAGUUCCCAUCAACAGAAUGCUGCCAAUAAAGCCCAGCCCGAUGCCAACGACAAUAGCACAUCAAGUGAUGAAGAGGAAGAAUACGAAGAGCUAGAGGAAGAGCUGGCUCAGGAAGAACGGGAAGUUCGUCGCAUCGGUGGUUUUGGCGUCUUUUUGGCUCUCGUUGCAAUGGUCUUCACAGCCCACCAAAUGAGUGAGAACCCGGAUGGCAUAUAUGCAAGGUGGGCAAACUGUGAUUCAAUAAUACAUGUCGAAAGUGGUGAUUCGUUGAUCGAGGACUUGUCUCACGAAACUUUUUUACGUCUGGCUCGUUUUUCGAAAACAGUUGCUGUCGAUUGA